AUGAACUACUCACGAAAUUUUGAGAAAUAUUCUGUCACUGUAUCUACUAAUUAUCAUGGAUUCAUACUUGUUGAAAUAUUUCUUAACUUUUUUUCACAUUUAGUGUAUUAUCUGUUUAUAUUCGGCUACAAACCACUUCAUACAGACCACAGAACACCUCUCUACUUGUGCCUCCCUCCAGUCAAUUCAUCCCUGCAUCAAAAUGCAACCUCCCAACCAAUCAUAGUCGGUCAUGCUGGUGCUGGUGUAAAACGUGCACAUCAUGGUAAAGGGCUUGAAUGGCCUGAGAACACAAUAUGCGCCUUUCGACGUGCUGAGCAACUUGGAGUAACAAUGGUGGAAUGUGAUGCAAAUAUCACAAAAGAUUCUGAAGUCGUUUUACACCACAACUUCACACUAGGAGUAUGUGAGCAACCGAGAAAAUCUGAAAACGAUCCACCAACUUUCAUUUUGGAACAUAAAACUGAUGGUGUAGUAAAUGAAAAUAGCACAGAUCUGAUUGUGAACUACCAAUUAUCUGAAAUUCGCAACUUGUUGAGAAAGGUCAAUGGAACGAUCGGUAGUGCAAACAUUAUCCAAAGUCAGUAUCCUAGUCCCUCAACAAUGAGUGAUCCUAUUCCAAAUAUUCAUGGUAAAGAGGCUGAACCAAUACCGUUAUUAAAAGACGCAUUCUACCAAACUUCCACAAACCUAAGCUUUAACGUAGAGCUAAAAUAUCCCAUAGAAACGCCAUAUAAUCUAAUUGCUGAAGCAUUAAUUAAACAUGAACCUGUCGAAUCUUCUUUACCAACACCGUCCUCAUAUUUCUAUAAGAUCAACAAAUUCUGUGAUACAAUAUUAGAUACAAUAUGGUUAAAUGCUGGACCCAGAUACGUUAUACUAUCUUCAUUUAACCCUGACGUAUGCUUAACUUUAAGGUUAAAGCAAUCUUUUUUUCCAGUCUUGUUUAUUUCCCGUGGUGGUUAUCCAAAUGAUAGUAGUCACAAGUCAGAUCCACGACACCACAACAUAUUCUCUGCAAUAAGUUGGGCACAUAUAAUGAACUUAAAUGGGAUUGUUACCGUGGGAUAUCAUUUCGGUUCGACAAAUGAUGUGGAUGAAAGGCAGCUCAAAUAUCUUGAAGCGGAUUUAGAGAGUAAACAGCUAUCCUGUUUUGUGUAUGGUGAUGGUGUGUCUGAAAUCCGUUUUUAUAGAAAAGCAUCACAACUUAACUUGACUGGAGUAAUCGUUGAUCGGUUAGAUGAAUUUAUGCAUAUGUACCAUGAACAAUGCAAAACAAGUACGCAAUUAGAGUCUCCAAACCUUUAAUUAAUUUCAUGAAUUUUAAACAUAUAUAUUUAAUUGAUAGACAGUAAAUUUGUACAAUUAACUUUUUCUGUAAAAAAUGUUUACUGGUAUAAAGACAAUUUAGUUAAAGAUCACAUGUAUAUUUAGUUACGUACUUUUUUUGUGUAGUACGUAAAAGUUUGUACAUAAAAAUCUCAACAAACCUCUAAGAAAUAUUUACAUAUGGAAAGCAGAAGUUAGUGAACGUAAAUAAUUGGAAGUUUAGAUGCAUUGGAAGACUACUUUAUCACACAAGGCAACUGCUAAUGCUUUUGGGCACUUUUGAUUCGAUCUAGUCUUCGUUUCAAAUCCAUUAGUUCAGUGGUGGACAUAGUAGGCCUUUGUUCUGUUUCAGGUCGAAUAUUUUCAUCAGGAGAAUCACCUUUUGGUUGAACCAUAUUCUGAAGAAUAAAAUUUUAUUUGUUAUGCAUAAUUUAAAGUUAAUCUCUAUAUGUGAACAGCGAAAGUAAUCCUUCACCAGAAAUCACCAAUAAAUCUUGUGCUAUUGCUGAAAACUUCGAUUUCAAAUCACUGUUUUGAUAAUACAGAUGAUCAGUUGGAGACCGUAGCGAAGAUCUAUCACACUACAUGUAUACUCAGAUAAUAAACCUCAAAACUGCUACAGUAAGCUAUAACAAACAGACACUCGACAAUUAUACGUUAGUUGUUGCACUACUUCACAUGUUUCUACAUAAGCAGUUGAAUCCAAAUGAAUAUGAACGAGAAGAAUAAUUCUACAUCAAAGUUUCAGAAAUAAUUGCAACUAGUUCAGUUUAGCUUUACCCAGCUCAGUUUUGGUAGUUAUUUCGUAGUCUUUGUAAUUGCAAGUAGAGGUCAGUACAAAUAUUUUUUUUCAACUUAAUUUGCACGACUGUUAGUAAACAUGGGUUCAAAGUCUGAUCAAAACACACUAUUUAAUAACAAAUUUUAAAAACCGCAACUAGUUCACUGGAGCAAAAUUUGUGUGGAGUUCAUACAAAUCCUGUUAAAUUUGUUGUACACUUGAAAUUAGUGACAUCCAUGUUCAAAUUUAAUGAUAAUUUAGAAAUGAACGUCGAUAAAUGACGAUUGAAUCAAGUAAUUUUUAUGACAAUUGUGUUUAGUCGAAACCUGUUAUUUUGUGUUCAGUUGGGAGUACUUCCUUACUGGUUUUUGUUGAUUGUUUGAAAGUGCAAGAAGCAUAACCAAUACAUUUUUACUUUUGAAAUGCACACGAAUCUAAUCAGGUCUCGCAAAGCUACUUACUUUUGAAAUAGACUUACUCGAAGAGUUGUUUCAAAGGCUGUAUUUUGUGAACCAGCUUCAUCAGAUGGCCCAAUAUUAUCAUCAAUGUUCGUUGUGGAUACACCACCAAGACCCAGUUCUCUUCGUAGCAUCGCCAAUCGAUUCAUAAAUACUUUGGGAUCAGUUAGUUGGCCAUUAGAAAUAUCUGCAUCAAAAUCUGGAUUCCAAUUAGGACGCGCUAAAAUGCCAUUAGUCUGUCAAAAAAUAAGGACAGUAUACUAGACACGAAAUUUGGAAUCAACACAAUGAUAUCAGUAUAUAGGUAAAAAGCAUCAUUAUAGAAUUUACUGUAUGGCCGCAGUGUUCCGACUUAUCUAUUCAAGCAUAACAGCUUAUGAGCUUAUUGUUUAAAGUGAGUAAAGCAAAUAUCUAUUUCAUUGAGCAACAACUGAUAGUAAGAUAACUUCUACUAUCGGACAAGAGAUUUUGG